CCUUGAUUUUUUGUGCCCGACAACCUAACCUAACUUUCGCACAAAAUCGCUCAAAACCGGGCUAAGAAAUGCAAGAAAUCGCGUUGGGGUACCGCGAGGUGAUCCCCGACCAAACCGUCUCCGACCCCUGGCGCGAAAUCACCCUCAACACAGGCGGGACGCAAGGGACUCUUCAGGAUAUCAAAGUCGCGGAGAGGGCCAAUGGGUUUUGCUAUCGCGACUCGACGAAGCCCCACACGAGGAAUCGAUUCAUCUACUGGAGGAUCAGUCACGAUGUUUUGGAGCUCGUUGAGCACAGUCUCGACAUAAACCUCGCCGGAAAUCGCAUCAGAUACAAGUUUGUGGACACGCCGAUCCUGGAUGGGGUCUCGAUCCAUGAGACUUACGACAAUGUUGUGGUUUUGGUACCGACGGUUUGCAGUGUCCAUAGGUUGGUGUUCCCGCACCCGGAUAAGUACCACCGGCAGGACCAUGUCGCUGGGGUGCACCCGGAUUUGGCAGCCCCGUCGGUGUUCAGCGAAGCCACAACCAACGAAGCGAGGGAUCCCGCCACGUUUCAUUUUUUCACCAACUCAAGUUCCCAACUGCCCUUUUUGGCCGACUCCUCCCUCACCCUCGCCGAGGAGGAAGCAAUUUUCGUCUUAGCCUACCAUUCGGGGGAAAUCCUGCUCGUGCGCCAAUCCCGCGAGGGCAAAAUCGACUCAGCUGAGCUGAAAAGCGAGUCAAUCGUGCCCCGAUUUCUCUCAGGCCUCGCCGACAAACUCCGCCAAAAAGACAAAGACGGCGACACCACCGUCAGUCUAAUUUUGCACACCUUCGGUCUUGAGACUUUUGCUCUGACCUUGUGUCGAAACGGCCAUUUGAAAUUCUGGUCGUGCUCAAGAGCCGAAUGCGUAUCAGUGAUCGACGUCAUGGCUGAGACGGGCGGAAACGCCAGAAACCAGCCCCAAGGCGCGCAGAAUCACAUCCUGAGAAAGGCCGUCGAUGGGUUCGACUCAGAGUGUCUUUUGGGCAUUUUCAUGAGUUUUGCGGCUCAGAGCCAGUUACAUGUCUUCAAACCGAUUCUCAGCGGCUCGCAGAUCCGGUUAGUGCGGCUCAAUACGCUCGAUUUGGCUCAGACGGAUUUGAUCGAUUUUACGCUCUCGACGAGCCGGAUUUGGUCGGUUUGGCGAGGAAAAGAGGGUGAAUGUGAGGUGUACUCGGCCUCGAACCAGGCGGGGAGUCACUGGAUUCCCGUCGUUCUGGAAUCCGUCCCAGAUGCAAGUCAACCCUUGAAUAUCGACGGAGAAACAGACCCGAGACAAAGCUACUUGCAGCAUAUUUUCCACCCGGGGAGGUUCCCCCUGCAUAUAAUCAGCAAAGCUUUAAACAUUUACAAACGCUCGGCCAUCGUCGGCGACGUGAACAUCUCCGCCGCGCAACUCAAGCAGCAAAUCUGCAUGGCCGUCGAAGACGAGAUCCAAAACGAGCUCAAGGAGACGGUCGUCAGCGACGAGGAUUAUCUCGAAACCGGAAAUUACUGCUGGCAGCAGUUUUAUUCCUGCUGUGUCCAAUACCACGUCGCAGGACUGAAGCCCUUAGGCCUCCUCGUCCUCCCGAACUCCUCCGGAGCCGUCCUCUUGAAAAAAUCGAUGAUUUCAUUCCUGCGACCUCUUGACAUUUUCGAACAUUUCAUCUACGAAAGCGACCACAUGUUCAAGGAGCAAUUCACGAAAUAUUUUCUUCUAACUGACAAUGUUGACAUCACUGAUGACGUCAUUAACUUGUUCAAGGUCAUUAAUUAUUUGGAUUCGCAAAUGAGUGACAUUUUCGCAUACACUUUCGAAAAAGAGUUGGCACUGUUGAAGUCGCCCGAUGUGGUCAUGGGGGCCCUUUUGGAGAAAAUACAGCGCGAGAUGGACACUGAGUUCACCGAUUACGUGGCUGAGAUGCUCCGGGAAUGCACCGAUUUGUACCAAACCAUUCACAAAAUCCUCGAAUUGCUGCGAAUCGAGUACCAAAUCCAGCCGGAAGAGCCCCUCGACGAGGUUCAAACUUCGCUAAACCACAUUUUUGCCUCACAAUUGGGCGUAUCAAUGGUCACCGGAUGUCUCCGACAGCAAAUCCACGUCCGGUUCACCAUCUGUCGUAGUCUUUUACUCAUCACUAAUAUACUCCUCGAGCGGCUCGAACUCGAUUGGAAUGUUUUAGAGGCGAUUAGAUCGGUUUGUAGCCCAGAAAUCGUGGUUUUGACCCAAGCUAACUUUGUCAUGGUUUGGCUUGCGGGUUUGUCGGCUUUGCAGUAUUUACCAACCGAGUCAGCGUUGCAGAGACUGUCUUCAUUGAGAUUAAGUCCUGUUUUUAAUCUCAGAACAAAUGCGAUUAGUUCGAUUUCGCUAUUGGAGCUUUUUGCGGGGAGCACAGGGGGCUAUGAGGCACGUAAGGCUUUUGCGAGGCUGAGGCACAACGAGGAGAGUCUCGCGAAUUGGCAUUUGGCGCUGUUGCCGUAUCUCAACUGUCUCUUCCACAUCAUUUGGCCGAUCAGUGGCAGCCCGAUUUUGGCCGAGUGGCUUCUCAGUUGUGGCCAACACUUGUGGCUCCAACAGUACAUUCGCUACAUAGGCACGUGGUGCGAAUGGAACAGUUGCACACAUAGUUUUCUCCUCGCCGCUUCGUUGUUGACCACUGGGGAGACCUACAAGGCCCAGGAGUUGUUCCAAAUGGCGGCGAAGGGCAUCUUCACCGACCACUUUCUGGCCCAACGCAUCUUCACCCACGACCACAACCAAACAAAAGCCUACAUUAAUUACUACUUGAAAGUGAUUCAUUUAUUCGAAUUGCACAAAUCCUACGAUUGUGCGAUUAAUUUGGCCAAUAUUGCCCUCAGUGUGACCUCACCGGACGACCCUUUGGCCGCGACUUUAUAUUCCAUCAAAUUCAAGCACCAUUUGGUUCUGAAAAACUAUCAAAUGGCCUAUGACUCGCUCAAUGCCAACCCGGAUUCAGACAGACGCAAGGAUAAUCUCCGAGAUUUAGUUAAAAAAUUACUCGAUGAGAAGAAAUUGGACGUUUUGAUGAGUUUCACCUACAACGGAAUGGAGGAGCUCUUCUGUGAUAUUGUUUCGACGAGGGCGCGCGCCGCCGACCCCUCUAACAACAUCUACUACGAUUUUUUGUACGCUUAUCAGGUCAAAAGAGGGGCCACUUUUCUGCGUUCCGCCGCGUCGGUGAUGUACGAACAAGCCUUCCGAUUGAACCAAUACAACGAUUCUGAUUCGUUGGAAAAGCAAGUCAAGUGUUUUCUCGCGGCCAAAAACGCGUUGGCCUUGUGCGAGCCUCAAUACGCUUAUAUUGUAAUGCCAGUUGACCAAAUUGAGGACAAAGUUGUCAGUUUACCCAUUUUUGCCGCCUCUGAUGAGGAGCCUGAGGAAAUCACACUGCGCAAACAAGUGAACAUCAUCAAUCUUGAAAUAUUGUCCAAAGACUUGGCAUUCGCUAGUGCGAAGCUCAAAUUAAUUCGUUUCAACCCUCGCAAUUAUUUCGAGAUAACAAAUCCGCACGAAUUGGUGAUUUUGUUGACCAGUGCUGGUCUGUUUAAGACGGCGUUGACUAUUUCCAAAAUUUUUGAGGUUCCCUAUAGAAUUGUGUUUGAGGCACUGACGAAAAAAUGCGGGUCUUUGUCGAGGCAGAACGAACCGGUGACGUGGAAAUGGUUGAUUGAGAAUAAUUUGCAAGAUUUGCCUAUGAGUACGAAGGGUGCCUCAGAAGCCGCCUGGAGUCUCUUGCAGGAGUGCGUGGAGGAAUAUGAGGAGGAGAAGAUGUCACUUAUCCAUAAAAUUGUGUGUAGGCAGAUUAUUAAGAUGAAUUUGUGGAUACCUCAAUGGCUUUUGUCGUCGUACAAGAAGCGCAACCCUGCCGAGCUUUUCCGGUUGCUCUACACUUCCGGUCGUUUGGAGGAGGCGGCGGAAAUCGCCUCCGAAUACAUGAUGGCGGCCAUGGGUUAUGGUAAGGAGUAUUACGGUUUCGCCCAUGCCAUGCAACCCACAACACCGGCCGUCUGUCUCCCCGUUCGCGGUUUCAUAACACUUAUCAACCAACUCAAACUAAUCAACACAAAUGACCCGGAAAAACCUUUCCUCCGGGAAUGCGAACACUUAUCAAACGUCCUUGAGACGUACCUCAAAACGGCCCAAAGAACCUCAAUUGAGAUGUGCAAGUAUCACUUAAGCCUGGCGAUGAAUUAAUAAAUUGUGUUUUUCAUAAAAAAA